GUCCUCACCAUCACCUCAAAAGAGCACGCAGACAUGGCUUCUUCUUCUAGCGAUGCGACGCCGGUGGCAGGUGGAAAGGGAGAAGGAAACUUCAAACACAUCGGGAACAAGAUGAAAAGACAGGAGAUGUACAGAAAACACAGAAAGACAAAGCGGGAAGAAAAAUUAAAGAAGAGAAUACAACAAGCAAAAGAAGAGAAAGGGGAAGGAGGAGCAGAAAAGAAGAAAGCAAGAUUGGCAAAGAAUAUACCCAGAACGAUUGAACGUACACGAGAUUACAAUCCUACCAUCAUCAAUGCACCUAAUACCCAUGAUGGUCCAGGAUAUUCUUUGCCGGUCGAAGGAAGUUCAAAAGAUUUGGCUGAAUCAGGAGAUGAAGAGCAGGAAGGGGAUGUGGAAGAAGAGGAAGAGAUGGACGAAGAAGAGGAUGAGGAUGACCCACAUGCACCUCCCGCUUUAUUGAUCACAACAUCUUUACCCUCCAACAGCACUUCACCACACCUUUCUUCGGCAAAUGCUCGAUCACAUCCAGCCGAACGAACGAGAGAAUUUGUAGAUGAAUUGCUCAACAUCUUUCCCGGAGCAGAGUACAGACCCAGAGCAAAAGCAAAGGGAGUGGGACUGGGCAAAAUUGCAGGUUGGGCACGUACACGAGGCUAUAACGGAAUGAUUGUGGUGGGAGAAGAUAAGAAAGAACCCUUCAGUCUAACAAUCAUUGGCUUACCAGAAGGACCAACUGCUUUCUUUCGAUUGACAAACAUUGCCAUGAGAACGGAAAUUGAAGGACAUGGGCGUUCUACCGGACAUACACCUGAAUUGAUCUUGAACAACUUCACUACAUCGUUGGGACAUCAGAUUGGAACACUUUUGCAGAGCCUAUUUCCACGUAUACCCCAAUUGGAAGGCAGACAAGUGGUGACAGCGCACAAUCAACGUGAUUAUAUCUUCUUUCGUCGACACAGAUAUAUGUUCAAACAUGAAGAAAAAGCCAAUUUGCAAGAGAUUGGUCCAAGAUUCACCUUGAAGCUACGAUCACUAAAAGAUGGCCUUCCAAAAGGAGCCGGUGUUUGGGACGGCGAGAUACACUUUGACGGCAAACCAAAGGAAGUUGCGGCGCCAGAUGAAGACGGCGAACAAUCUUCCGAACAAACUCAAACAAAAAGAAAACGAACUCAACGAAUUGAUGAUGAACAAACUGGAUUAUCGUUUGAAUGGAAACCGAAGAUGGGCGUAUCCCGAAGAAACUUUUAUUUGUGACGAAAUGAUUUCCCUUUUGUUGUGGCUUUUCUUUUGCGCAUUUUUUGUAUACAUACAUAUCACAUCACAUUUAAACCUUCUUGAUUGUCAAAUUACCGUUGCGGAGAAUUGACUCGGUCCGUCAGAGUGUGGCGAAAGGAUAACAGUCGGUUUUUGCUUUGUCCUCAUCUCGGGGUUUCACUCUUUCUUUCCGUCAAUGCAAGGAUCUCUCGUGUAUCGCGGCUAACAACAGUAUUGUUUCACAAGUGGGGAUCAAGGCGAUGUCCUUUUUUGAGGGGCAAAGAUAAGCAUAGCCACUCUCUAUUAGAACGGGGGGAUGGCGUGCGAUUGCUGUGUGAUCUUCAGAUUUAGACCUUUUGAUCGGCAACGUCCGUUUUCCAAGCUUUUUGCACCUUUAUCAGAGUUGAUUGUUUGUGAUCUGAACGAGUAUUGUGUGAACGAUCUGGAUAUGAAAUGGCAUAGUUUAC